UAGCCGGGUAAUACCCAUGCUCCCUUCUCCGACGGGGGAGGGAUAUGCGAUUCGGAGGCGGAUCGGGAGACGAGAGGCGGCUGAGGAGGCGGGUCGGAGAGGUUCCGGACUUCAAGCCGACUUUCCCGUCAUUCAACUCCGUCAAGCUCCGCUUUGAGGUGGUAAUAUCAGCUCACGAUUGCCUCAAGUAAGCUGGUUGAAGCGUUUGUCUAUCAGAGUCAAGCGAAGCUGUCGACCUGUCUUUUGUUUCACACCUCACUUCUUCUGAGGCACCGUAUCAAAGUUUACCGACGUCAUUGUCAGCAGAACUCCAGUCAUCAUGGGCAAGAUCGCAAAGAUGGAGUACUUCCGAGUGCCACCUCGGUGGUUAUUCGUGAAGAUCACAGAUGAGGCGGGCAACGUUGGCUGGGGCGAAGCAUCUCUCGAGGGCCACACUCAAGCCGUGGAAGGCUGUCUCGACGCCUGGUUUGAGAGGUAUUCGGGCAUGGAAGCUGACGACAUUGAGCACAUUUGGCAGAUGUCAUGGAGGACAACAUUCUAUCGCGGCGGGCCGGUCUUCAUGAGCGCGUUGGCAGGCAUCGACAUUGCCUUAUGGGAUCUCAAGGCGAGAAAGCUGGGACUCCCCAUUUGGCAGCUCCUAGGAGGAAAGGUGAGAGAUAAGCUCAAGGUCUACGCAUGGAUCGGCGGUGACCGACCAAACGACGUAGAACAGCAGGCACGAGCCCGCAAGGAACAGGGCUUCAAAGCCGUCAAGAUGAACGGCACAGAAGACCUCGGCUGGCUCGACUCCCCCGACGCCCUCGACGCAGCCGUCGAACGCGUCAAGGCCGUAAAAGCCCUCGGCAUGGACGCCGGCGUCGACUUCCACGGCCGCGUACACAAGCCCAUGGCCAAGCAACUCGCAAAGGCCCUAGAGCCGCACCGCCCGCUCUUUAUCGAGGAACCCUUGCUUUCCGAGCACCUGGGCGGCAUCAAGGAGAUCAGCCACCUUACCUCGAUCCCUAUCGCCCUUGGCGAGCGCCUGCACAGCCGCUGGGAUGUGAAGCCGUUCCUCGAGGCCGGGUGUGUGGAUAUUCUCCAGCCUGAUAUCUCCCACGUCGGCGGGAUUUCUGAGAUGCGGAGGAUCGCGGCUAUGGCGGAGGCGUAUGAUGUUGCGCUGGCGCCGCAUUGUCCGCUGGGACCAAUUGCGUUGGCUGCGAAUGCGCAGGUUGACUUUGCGUCGCCGAAUUUCGUGAUUCAGGAGAUGAGUUUAGGGAUUCAUUACAACAGCACGGGUCAGGAUCUGACGAGUUAUACUCAUAACCCGGAGGUGUGGAAGGUCACAGAUGGGUAUAUCGAUCUUCUGACUGGGCCUGGAUUGGGUAUUGAGAUUGAUGAGGCGCAAGUUCGUGAGUUGUCUAAGGAUGCGAAGGCUUGGGUCAGCCCUGGAUUCAUUGGACCCGGUGGAGAGAUUAGAGAGUGGUAGAAGAAGACACAAAACAAG